CUUCAUGGCUUAUAGUAAAGUGUGUGACACCCAGACUGGGCCACUGGAUGGAGAAGUUCUGCACCGCUCUGGAUCCUUGGAACUUGACUGGGACCUGGACAAGGAGGAGCUACAGGAAGCAGGAGCAAGCGGUGACUGCACGCAGACGCAGCACAGCGACUGUCAGAGAUCAGGUUGCUCAGAUCCUGGUCCGGAUCCUGACCCGGAGUCCCUGGAACCGAUUCCGAACUCAGUCUCAGUUUCACCUCAUGGACGAUUCGAACGACUCCAAGAAGAUCCCAACUACAUCUCUCACUUCACCAGGUCCGCCGGCCACAAAGGGCAAAGGAGACUUCACGGUUUCAUACUCAGAUACUUUCUUUCUGGUUUGGGAAUAUUUCUCGUUGGUAUCUUGGUCGGCUGGUUCACCCACACACCUUCAAAACCUGCAUCUACUCCUUUACCUGAAAGCCCUGACCUGCUUGAAGAGCUGCUGCGAGGAAUCAAAGCUGAGAAGAUAAAUGCUCUCCAAAAGUCCUUCUCCAGUCUUCCAGAUGACAGUGAAGAAUCCAGAGCCCGGUACCUGUACCAGCAGUGGGUAGGACUUGGCUUGACUGAUGUCCACCUCUACAAUUACACGGUUCUGCUCAGCUUGCCUGGAUCCACCCCAAACACCAUCACUGACAGAUCCAGCCACCAGUGUUUCCUUCCCAGUGGGACCCCAUGUGACCAGCGGGGGCCCCCAGACCUGCUGAAGGAGCAGUUCUCCUAUGCAGCCUACUCUGCAGUGGGCAGCGUGCAGGGAGAGCUUGUGGAUGUCCAAUACGGCAGUGUGGAAAAUUUGAGAAGAGCAAAAGACUCCCUGAACCUCACAAACCAGAUUGCUGUGGUCAAGCUUGGUCAAGCACCUUUAUUAUAUAAGCUGUCGCUCCUUUCUGACUUUGGUUUCCGAGGCGUUCUUCUUUACAUCGAUCCCUGUGAUGCUCCGCCUGGCCGAAGCUUUAGGCAUGAGGCCUUCAGGGUUACCUUAAAUCCUGGAGGAAACCCCUCCUUUGGUAAGGGACUAAUUCUUUUCUUUCUAAAUGUAUCAGUAGAAUAUUAUUCUGAAUAGAAUCAAAUCAUCUGAAUUCUAUUCUGAUGAUUCUUCUUUA